AUGACUAAAAUAGAGCUGAUAAAUAAAUUAUUAAAAUGGGCUGAGCUGAAUGGUGCUCAAAUAUCCCCAGAUGUUGAAUUCAAAGAAAUAUCAAAGAACUAUAUUGGUGCCAUCUACAAAGGAAAUAAAGUACCAGAUUCACCCUUUUGUCCUAUCAGUAUCCCAUCAAAAUUAAUUAUUACUCCACAAACUGCAUUCAAAGAAUUCUCAAAACUGUUGAAAAAUACCGACAUUAAUGACAACUCAAUAUUAAAAUUGCACUUAUGUCAUGAAAGAUUGAAUGGCAAUUCAUUCUUUUAUCCGUAUUUGAACUUGUUGCCCUCUUUGUCAGAAAUCGAUUCACCAUAUACAUGGUCAGCAAAUGAUAAAUCUUAUUUACAGGGAACAAACUUGGGGAACUCUUUAAAGGAAAAUUUGGUUACGUUGGUGGAGGAAUGGUGGAAGGCAAUCAAUGCCUUACAUGACGAUCUUCCCAAACCUGAACAACAUUACAUUAAUAUGAAGUUCUACUAUGAGUAUAAGUUCUAUACCGAUGAUGACUUGAAUAAGUAUUUAAAUGAUGAAAAUAUUGAGAAUUGGACUAGUUUCCCAAAUUAUUUAUGGGCUUCGUUGAUUUUAAAAAGUAGAUCUUUCCCAGCAUAUUUGAUUGAUAAAAAUAACAAACAAGAUAGUGCUAUGCUUUUACCAGUUGUGGACUUGUUAAAUCAUAAUUCCAAGAGUAAAGUACAUUGGGAUGUUUCCGACAAUUAUUUUAAGUUUAGUUCAGAAUCGAUAGUACCCGGGAAGGAAAUUUUUAACAACUAUGGUUUAAAGGGCAAUGAAGAAUUGUUAUUGGCCUAUGGGUUUUGUAUUGAAAAUAAUCUGCAAGAUUCGGUUGCGUUGAAGAUCAAAAUGCCCGAAGAGAAGAUCAAAGCCAUUGAAGAGUAUGGUAUUAAAUUACCAACUAUAGAUGAUUACACCAAUUCAGUAGUUGCAAAUGAUGCCCCCUCUACUGCAGAAACAAAGCAUCAAGAUGGCGUUUUGUUCUUUAUUAAUAAUGAAAAUAUACCAAGCAACUUGAUUGAAACAUUCCAAUUUUUAGUUCAAAAUGAAUGGGAAACGGGAAUUACAUUGCGUAUGAAAUUAUCAGGUUUAAAUCAUUUACGUGCCGCUUUGGAGACUAAAAAAAACUUGCUUAAACUUGAUGUGCCUCAGGACUCGCAAAAGCAUAAGUAUAUUCUAUGGUAUAUUGAAUCUCAAUUCAAAAUAUUUACAUCGGCUAUAAAGAGUAUCAAAAGAAUGGAAAAGGAAAUAUUAAAGGAUGAAAAGACGCAUUUAACUACAUUGAAAAAUGUUUUCAAAAAAGAUUGCAAGUUCCAACAAUCAAUGUUAUUUUUGGGAUUCGCUGAUUACGAUGCAGUAUUAGAGUCGCAAUUUCAGGAUCAAUGCUGGUUAUUGUGGUUGAUCCGUUGUUAUAAUCGCGAUCAAUACACCAAUGACUCAGAGUGUUUACCAAUGUGGAUUCAUGAUUUAUUUGUAAAAUUAAGAAAAAACACAGACAUUUCUGCACAAGAAGUACUCAACUACAAACCAAUAUAUGAGAACUUGAUUCCUGAUUUAUCUGUGCAAAUUCCUGAAAUUUACGGUAAGGGACAAUGGACCCUAAGUGAGUUUAUAAUUGCUGCAAAAUUAUUAGAUUUGGUUGGAUUUGUCAGGGGUAAAGAACAAGAGUGUAUAUUAGUCGAACAAACUUAUUCUUAA